AUGAAGUGGCUAACUCUCGCUGCUGCUCUCAUUGCGCCCUCUGAGGCUGCCCUUCGCUUCGGAUGCUCAACUCUGAGUAUCCAGCGACUCGAUCCGCUCGUUGAGCCUGGGAAGGUUCCCUCUUCCCAUCUUCACCAGAUCGUUGGUGGCAAUGCUUUCAACGCGACCAUGCAAGGCGAUAUCGGCGAGAAGGGCUCUUGCACGACGUGCACCUUCACCGAGGACUUCUCCAACUACUGGACCGCUGUAAUGUUCUUCAAACAUCAGAACGGCUCGUACAUGCGGGUUCCGAUCAUGCAAAACGCUGCGUUGCCGAAUGGCAUCAACGGCGGAAUGACAGUCUACUACACGCAGCAAGACUUCAACUCGAACGGCAACCAGAAGAUCAAGGCCUUCCCGCCGGGCUUCCGCAUGACGGUCGGUUCCCCGACGACGGAAAAUCUGAACGACGCUAAGGGCCAUGUCGGUCUUCGCUUCGUCUGCUUGACCGACAAGAACACGCGCUUCCCCGAGCUCCCCGACUUCCCCACCAAGCCAUGCAAAGGCGGCAUCAUGACUGUGCACCACUUCCCCUCAUGCUGGGACGGCAAGAACACCGAUUCGCCAAACCACCAGGACCACAUGUAUAACACUGCCAAGGAGGCCUUCCAGCCCGCCGGCGCGUGCCCGUCUUCCCACCCCGUCCGCAUGGCACAGGUAGCCUACGAGACUCUAUGGGACACGGCCAAGUUCGCCAACAUGUGGCCAGCCGACAACAAGAACCCCUUCUUCCUGAGCUACGGCGACAACAACGGAUACGGUACCCAUGCCGACUACAUGUUCGGAUGGAAGGGCGACUCACUCCAGCGCGCCAUGGACUCUUCCUGCAUGUUCCAGGCCUGCGAGAACGGAAAGCCGCUCAAGUCUCAGGGCGUCGCACAGAUGAACGCUUGUGCUGUCAAGAGUCAGGUGAAGGAGAGCAUUGAUGGAUGGCUCACCGAGAUGCCUGGGAUGAACAUGAAGAAGAGACAGGUAGAGUUCUCCGCAUAG